AUGGUGGAAGACACAAUAAACAUAUUGGUGUUAGAUGAACUGGAUUACGACCGGUUUGAAAUGGGUCGAGAACUUCAACGGUCUCUAGCUUCCAUUACAGACGAGCAAAGAAAAGUUUAUGAUGUAGUCAUGGAUGUUGUAUCCAAGGAUUGUGGUGGAAUGUUCUUUCUAUAUGGACAUGGAGGAAUGGGAAAGACCAUAUCGCAACAAAAUCCAGAGGCGGAGUUUCUUAAUAAGGCAAAUCUAAUUAUAUGGGACGAGACAUCUAUGAUGCAUGGAUACUAUUUUAAAGAGCUUGAAAAGACAAUGGAGUCAAUAUUACAUAUAGACAAACCGUUUGGUGAUAAGAUGGUUGUUCUUGGAGGAGCUUUUAGGCAGAUUUUACCAGUUGUACUGAAAGCAUCAAGGCAGGAUAUAGUACAUGCUAUGAUCAACUGCUCUUUGUUGUGGAAUUUUGUCGUGUCAUGA